AUGCUUGAGAUGACUUGGGAUGAAGAACUCGCCGAUAAAGCCCAGGGUUGGGCUGACAACUGCGAGUUUGCAUAUGAUCCUAGGCACUAUACGGCCAAGUACGACUCUGUUGGACAAAAUCUAUAUGCGUCAGAUCAGUUAGAAGAUAUCUUCCAGAAUGCAACGGCAACUUGGGCGGAAGAAAAGGAUUACUAUACUUAUGACUAUCCGUGCCCUGCUGGGCAGGAAUGUCGUCAAUAUACACAAGUUAUCUGGGCCAAAAGCUAUAAACUUGGCAUGGCUGUAUCUUCGCGAAAAUGUGCUUUUGGGAAAUAUCUUGUAGUUGCCAAUUACGCGAAGAGUGGAAACUACGCAGGGGAACCACCCUAUACAGCGGGCAACCCAGCUUCCAAAUGUCCUGCGGGAUCGCAACCCGGAGCUUCUGGAAUGUGUGAGGUGACUGAUGAAGACCAGCUAAGGAAAUCAAUCGGCCUAAGCACUCAUGAGGAAACGGAUUAG